CAUUACGGAAAAGUCGGUUUUCCAGUCAGUACCAGUUGAAGAGACAAGGUUGACAUAGUUGUUAUUUAUGUGUUAGGUCGUCUGUCGUUAUCAAGAAAACGAAACAAGAAAGAAUAUUGUAAUAAUUCAAGUGGUAUGGAAGUUUUGUCCACAAUAGAACGCAAAACUCCCAAUAAAUAUCCAAUAGGAGUUGGUUUGAGACCAUUUGUGAAGCCGGAAUGUUUACAUGCACGUCCAGGUGAUCUGAUAGAGAUUGACCGUACAAUUUUCGCCGAAUGGGGGUUGUAUUUUGGAAAAGGAGAAGUUGUCUUAUUGGGUGGUGACUUAAUGAUAGGAAGAACUACCUCCACAAAAGUUGUUAAAAGAAAACUAACAGACAUGGGUAACGUUCUUGUGCGCGUGAACAAUAAGAAAGUACCUGCAAAAAAUCGUUCGCUUAUUUCAUUAAAGGCAAAAACGAUCAUUCAAAAUGUGAACAAACUAAUCGGAAAGACAGUUGAAUAUAACAUUUUAAGUAAAAACUCAGAACAUUAUGUGACAGAAUGGAAAUAUGGACAUGGCUGGAGUGAUCAGUCAAGAACAGCACUUCAAUCCAUGACAAUAUUUUCUACGCCACCUUCACCUAAAGAUGCUGGUAUUGCUCAUGAACAACUAUCAGAAAGUAUAAAGAGUAUCCUGCAAACACAGAACUCUAUUGAAGAUCUACAGUCUUCUGGUGCAGGAACUUGAAGUCCAUUCUAUUUUUACUCUAUUGGGAGUUUACUGCCGACACAGAAGUUAUGUGCAGAGAAUGAGAUGUCCGUUCCUCUGGUGAAGAUACCUAAAGAUAGUUUAUCAACACUGUUUGAACUCUAUAAAUAAGGAGCUACCUACAUUUUGUACAUCAAUGACAUUAUUAUUUUAACACUAAAGUCAUGUGAAUCAUGGUGAAUAAGUCCUCUGGAAAAAAUACAUAAACAAGUCCAUUUAUCAACUCUGUAGAAAAGCAGUUUACCAUGUACAUCAUUAUUUUACAUGUUUAACACAAAAGUAUGGUGAAGUUUUUUGUCCUCUAGUAAAAAGACAUGUACCUAUAUAGCUAGGGUCCAUUUUUCAGCCGACUUGAAAUUUUAUAGACCUUAAAAUCUGAUAGUAAAGAUACUUAAGAAAGAGUCAAUUUUCAGCAGGUAUGGACAGUCGAAUUGAUUUUUUUUUAAGAUAAUAUUACAAUUUACAAUUGCAUUGUUUAUGUGUGAUCUGUUUUUUGAUGACUCUGGUCUAGUUGUAUUGAUGUAAGAUGAACCUAUAAAAACAUAGGAUUAUAUUUAACUCACUGGACUUGGUAUAUAAUUGAAGAUCUUUAUUUCUUUAUUAUUGAAAUCUUACGUCUGGUAAUCAGAUGGUUAUAAUCAAUGUUAAAAACAGAUCAUGUGUCAAAGCUUUACUAACAACACUACAUGUACUUUCACUUUCUGUUUGGUUUCCCGUAUAAGCUUUAUAACAACACUACAUGUACUUUCACUUUCUGUUUGGUUUCCUGUAUAAGCUUUACUAACAACACUACAUGUACUUUCACUUUCUGUUUGGUUUCCUGUAUAAGCUUCACUAACAACACUACAUGUACUUUCACUUUCUGUUUGGUUUCCUGUAUAAGCUUUACUAACAACACUACAUGUACUUUCACUUUCUGUUUGGUUUCCUGUAUAAGCUUUAUAACAACACUACAUGUACUUUCACUUUCUGUUUGGUUUCCUGUAUAAGCUUUAUAACAACACUACAUGUACUUUCACUUUCUGUUUGGUUUCCUGUAUAAGCUUUAUAACAACACUACAUGUACUUUCACUUUCUGUUUGGUUUCCUGUAUAAGCUUUAUAACAACACUACAUGUACUUUCACUUUCUGUUUGGUUUCCUGUAUAAGCUUCACUAACAACACUACAUGUACUUUCACUUUCUGUUUGGUUUCCUGUAUAAGCUUUAUAACAACACUACAUGUACUUUCACUUUCUGUUUGGUUUCCUGUAUAAGCUUUAUAACAACACUACAUGUACUUUCACUUUCUGUUUGGUUUCCCGUAUAAGCUUUAUAACAACACUACAUGUACUUUCACUUUCUGUUUGGUUUCCCGGAUCCUUAGGUUCCUUAGGUGUUGUCGUAACAGUUCAUAAUGUACACACCAUAAAAAAUUUCAUUGGUUGAUGUAAUUAUGAUCAGAGCAGAAAAUAGAAUGUACUAGUGUUGUCAGAUCUUUGUUAGUUAAACCAGGAUAUGUAUUCUAAUCAAAUAGGGUCAUAAUACAUAUAGAUAUUGGAUCAACUUGCAUCCACAUGUCUCGCCUUGAAUUUUCAUGAAUGAAAUUGAGUGUUCCUAAAUUCAUAUCUAAAAAAUGAAGAUUUAUUAUGGUAAUUGAAUUUAUAUGAUAUUAUAUUUAUGUACUGACUUUAAAUUUAUACCAUGAUAAGUUACUUUAUUUACUUAUACCUCAACGUAUGGCACUCAGGGGAAAUAAUUUUUUUGUGUCACUACUUUGUAACUUCAGGAUUUUCUUUUCUUAGGUGAAUGUUUUAUGCAUAUAUCAUGUAUAUAUGGAUGUCUCAACAAUUUCUCAACAAUGGCAAAAAUCAUGUAGAUUUGACAGCAAAUUAAAAUUGUUAAUUUUUAAAAGAGGAAUACCGGUACUUAGUUUGCUCAAGAUGUACCGUGUAAAUUCACAAUGAAGUCAAGCCCCUGCUCAACUUUAAGAUAUGCAUGACUAUUAUUUAUUAAGUACAAUGUAUAUCAAAUUCAAGAAACCUGAGUGCAAUUCAAAUAAAUUUGCCUUUUCGGUAUCUGUGGAUUGCAUGUGGUAAUAUAUAAUCACGGUAAUCAUAUUGUUUAUAAACUAUACAACAAAAUGAAAGAAAUAUAUUGUAGUAACACCAUGCUAGCUAUAGGUAUCCACAAAAAUAGAUUUUGGAUUUUUUAUUCUGAAUUAUACCUGUGUUUAAUGUGUUUAAAAUUUUCAUCAAGAUACAACUUUCACAAAAAAUAUUUAAAAAAUUUGGUCAGCCAAAAUGUCAUUAUUACUGAAACGUAGAUAAUAUUCAGGUGAUAAAUUGUGUUGUUCUUGUUAAUGUAAACAUGAAUGUCUAACUUCUAAUGAUAUUGAUAAGUCAAGAUAAUUAAUUUUGUUUUCAAAACAUAACCUAAUUUAUUUUAUUAUGUAGUACAAAAAUGUUAAUCAAAUGACCUUGACUCUUUGUAUUUGUAUUAGAUAACCGACAUAUUACACAUGUAUUUGUAAUCAAAUGUCAGUGAGAAAUAAUUAUUAUCAUGUUUAUUUUCUUUAAUUCACCUUAAUUUAGGACUGUAUGAUUGUAUUUGUCAGGAAAAUAAUUUUCCGUCCAUUUUUAAUGAUAAAAUUUUACUGUUUACCAAAAGUGUAAUCAAAGACAGUUAAUUUAGUAAAUAGUUUUUGCUAUGUAUGCUAUAUAUGCUAGUUUAUUUUUGAAAUUCCCAAUGGCACUACAUGUAAAAGCCCUUAAAAAUGAAAAAAAGUGCUCAUAAUACUUCAAACAUGUAACUUUAAAAAGGCGUUAUUUAGGCGUCCCAGAAUAUUACAUGCAAUGGUUCUAGAUUUAAAGUGUUUCAAAUUUAAAUUGAAGAAUGCACAUUUAUGCAGCAUGAAGUGAAACAGAAAUAUUCUUAAAAAAGCUAGGGUUGUCAUUAUCACCCAAAAUAGGCAAAUAUUUUUUUAGUGAAAGUUAAUAAAAAUCAAAAACUACAUUUAGGCCUAAACUACAUUUAGGCCUAAACUACAUUUAGGCUUAUCAGAGUUAUAGAGACAAAGGAUCAACUACAAUAAGAAAAUUUAUUGUUCUAAUUAACGACCUUUGAUGGGCAGAACAAAUGUUUUACAUUGAAAUGAAAUAUUUAAUGUUCUUACAGCACGAUUUACCGUGUAGAGCUACAAAAAUGUACAUUAAUUCCUUCAUCUUACAUAAAGCAUGUAUAAUUUUUCCAGACAGGACCCAUUAACCAUAAAAUCAUUACAAUAUUAAUUGACAUUUUCUUAGCUUAUUGAAGUUUUGUUUGAAUCUGAAAGACAGGCAUGACAUAUUUUUGGUUAAUGCAUGUUGAGUACAUUUAAUAAAAAAUAUUUGGCUGCAUGACCUUGUGCAAGAAUUCAACAGUGCAGUCUGGUCAUAACCAUGAGACAUAGUGAGAUAGACCUAGUCAAACAUUUUGCUAAUGCUUCCAAACUCAACUUUAUAUACUUAAAGUUACAUGGUAUAAUGUUCAAUCAGACAUAUUUACCUAACGUAAACUUUAUGCUGACCAAUCGUUAACAAAUGCUCCUAACCAUUGAAUAAUCAAAGUUGGAGCAUACUUUAAGUAUGAAAAAGUAGCGUAGCAAGUUUAUAUUGACCAAUACAGGGGCAGAACCAGUCAUUUUUAAAUGGGGUUCCAAUCAUAUGUUCCCAUUCAAAUGUAUUGAUCGCCAAGAUAAAGAGGGUGUUCCAACCCCCUGAACACACACCCUCCCCCUUUUCCCUGGAUCUGCCACUGCAAUUUGUUACUAGUACUCUCCACCAUUUAAUAAUCAAAGACAGAGCAUAAAGUUAAGAAAUUGUAGCUUAGUUCAUGUACGUACAUUAGUCAGUAAAAAUUAUGUCCUCACCAUUAAUUAAUCAAAGUCUUAACAAAAAAAAUUAAGAAGUAGUAGCUUAGAAUAUGAACAUUACAUGCAUUUAAAUAGUUGUGAAGUUCAGAAAUUGUAGCUUGAGACUUCACUUGUACAUCAGUUGUGAAGUUAAGAAAUUGUAGCUUGAGACUUC